UCACAUUCCAUCUUUCCCAGCGUCCGUCUAAGAUACUUCAACAGUUCCGUAUCAAAUGUAUAGGCUGCUUAUACAUUACCUACUUUCUAUAAUCUUUUCUGCGAUCCUAACAUUUGCUGAGCCGUUAGGUAAAGAAGAUGAUCGGUUAGACAGGUCAAUAGUCAAGGAGUUUCAUAAAGUAGAUACCAGCAAUAACGGAUACGUCUCGAUAGAAGAAGUCCUCGAAUACUGGCGCGAAUACACAAAGAAAAUGAAUGAAGCUGAGCUGGACGUGAUACGAGAGGCUUUCACACAAGCCGACACUGAUAAAGACAAAAAGGUUAACUUGGCAGAGUUCACCGCUGAGGUGCACCGAGUGCUUGCAGAUCCCGAAUUUCCAAGGAAAACUAUUGAAAAAGGGAUACUUGCUCCCAAAUACACGUUAUUCAAGGUGAACCACAAAGAAUCCUCGAAAAACCAUCACUCAAGGAACGUCACGAAGCAGCACAAUAGUUCAUGA